GGACACAAUUGUCAGUCAAAGAGUUGAUUGCGCAAAAUGCUGAAGUGUGGAUUUAUCGUUGUUUUCCUUGUAGCCUCCGCCUUGGGCGAGUUUUCGCUCGACGACCGCAUCGUAGGCGGCAGCAGUGUUAAUAUCGAGAACUUCGGAUGGCAAGUGUCCUUGUUCGAUCGUAUGGGACACUUCUGCGGUGGUUCCAUCAUUAGCGACGAAUGGGUCUUGACAGCAGCACAUUGCGUAUUUGACCUAUUCUCGCCAAAGCAAUAUGCAGUGCGUGUCGGAAGUAGUUUACAUAACAAAGGUGGAUUUAUCCACAAAAUUGCCAAAGUAUAUAUCCAUCCAGACUACGAUGAAGUAAGCUACGACAAUGACGUCGCAGUCCUGAAAGUUGAAAAGAGAUUUAGACUGAACGGCAAGAGCGUUCGCACAGUUAAAUUGGUUGACGAAGAUCACGAGGUUGAUGAUGGUGCCCAGCUUACUGUCACUGGAUGGGGCAAAUUAAGUGAAUCAGGCCCCAACCCAGUAAAAUUACAAGGAGUGAAAGUGCCUUUUGUCGACCAUGAUACAUGCUCCGACAGCUACGUCUUUACCGGAAAACAAAUCACCGACAACAUGUUGUGCGCUGGAGUCAAAAAAGGUGGCAAGGACUCCUGCCAAGGUGACAGCGGUGGUCCACUCGUGGACGCAAACAAAAAGCUUGUCGGAGUCGUCUCUUGGGGAAAUGGUUGUGCCAGACCAAACAAACCAGGUGUAUAUGCCAAAGUUGCCGCAUCAGGAAUUAGAGAAUUCAUUCGCAAAAAAACUGAUUCGGUCGUCGACCGCAUCGUCGGCGGCACCAGUGUUAAAAUUGAGAACUUCGGAUGGCAAGUGUCCUUAUUCGAUCGUAAGGGUCACUUUUGCGGUGGUUCUAUAAUCAGCGACGAAUGGGUCUUGACUGCUGCACAUUGCGUAUACGAUUAUUUCUCGCCAAAGCAAUAUGGAGUGCGUGUCGGAAGCAGUUUACGCAACAAAGGUGGAGUCCUUCACAGAAUUUCCAGGGUACACAUUCACCCAGACUACGACACGGUCAGCUACGACAAUGACGUCGCACUCCUGAAAGUUGAAACCAAAUUUAAACUAAACGGCAGGAGCGUUCGCAAAGUUAAAUUGGUUGACGAAGAUCACGAGGUUGAUGAUGGUGCCCGGCUCACCGUCACUGGAUGGGGCAAAUUAAGUGAAUCAGGACCCAAGCCAGUAAAUCUACAAGGAGUAAAAGUGCCUUAUGUGGACCAAGAUACAUGCUCUGACAGCUACGUCUUUGCAGGAAAAGAUAUCACCGAAAACAUGUUGUGUGCCGGAGUUAGAAGAGGUGGCAAGGACUCCUGCCAGGGUGACAGCGGUGGUCCACUUGUGGACGAAAACAAAAAUCUGGUCGGAGUCGUCUCUUGGGGAAAUGGUUGUGCCAGACCAAACAUGCCAGGAGUAUACGCUAAAGUUGCUGCUUCUAGCAUUAGAGAGUUCAUUCGCAAAAAAACUGGUCUUUAAUUUCCUUAUAUGAACAAAUGUUCCACCAAAAAUAUAGUUUAGAUUUUAGUAUAAUAAAUCCUUUGUGAUUCAUGCAAAUAUUUUGUUUUAUUUAUUUAUUUACUUUAUUCGAACGAAUGUAUAAAGUGAAUUAACAAUAAAAAUGUUAGUGUUGCCA